CCUUUAUGGAUAACUGGUAACUAGUAUUCUCCACUACCCACCUGCGUCUUGGAUCACCUUAUCGAAAAAUUCUAUUAUGAAUUUACAAAUAAAAGGAAUAGCUGCGACUCCAAGAGGUCAAACACAGCAAUCAUCUAGUAAUCCUGCUACUAAGGGAUGGCGACAGCAGUCACGAUCUGCUGAACCACGGCCAGAUGAAGUGCCCUACCUUGACCUUGGGAAGCUCGGAGAUUCAGAUGACGAGGAAACCUACAAUCCUCUAAGUAAAGGAUACCCUAGGCUCGGCCCUCCAGAUUCAUCUUCAACUGUUAGCUGGGGGUCACCCCUCCAUACUCCCUAUGCACAGCAUUUCCAGAAACCACAGGCAGUGCAAAAACCUAAUCCAGUCAGAGCUGAGCUACGUUUAGGUGUUAUGAAAACUAUUCCUGAGAAUCUUCCACCCCCAUCUGACAAAUUCAAAUUAAAGUACCAGCAGUAUGAGGAGGAGAUGAAGCAGAAUUAUAAGCAGAACACAAUGAGAUCUGCAGAAAGGAAUAAACCAGAAACACAGAGAUCUGCCAGACAUCAUAUCAAUAGACAGGAGGUUCAGAAAAAGGACCAUAAAAGUGAGGAAGGUUUUGCUGAGAGAACACCUCUGGAUGAAAAAGCUCAACUCCAGCAAUGCUACACAAGCAAACCAUACACCGCACAGCACAGCUUGAGGAAACUGGAUGCUGAAGACCUUGCUGCUGAAAGAAAGAAGCAAACGGUCGUAGAGCAAGUCAUGAUAGACCACCUUUCUAGGGCUGUUAUUAGUGACCCGGAACAAAAUAAAAGUCCAUCCGUUUUUGUUAAUCCUCAACAAGACUUGUCAUCUGCACCUGUACGCUUCCGAAAGAGAACCUUACAUGAGACCAAGAUUAAAACAAGCUCAUCCUUUACAGAAAACAUGCUGUCAAACAAGAUGCGCUUUGAUGCCCGAAUUAUAUGCAGAAAUGGACGUGAUGCCUGUAGAGAACUUAUUGGGUUUUUCUUUGCACAUGAUAAGUCGAUAACAAUUUAUGAAUAUCGUCAGUUUGGAAAAAAUAGGACAAAUGCAUUACCAUUCAUACAGAAGGGAAUAUAUAGUCAUGAAUCUGGGGUGAAGAAAGGAAAACUUUAUCAACUUCAUGAUUUUUAUGUUGGAGCAAACCUUACAUUUUUGACAAAGGAACACCAAAGUCUUGCAGAGAGUUUAAAGCAAAGUCCACUAGUCACCAUACGGGUUACAUCCAUCGAUGAAGAUGCUAUGAACUCCUUAAGGUUUAUUUGUGAAGAAGACAAAGCUUACUUUGGUGCUCAUUGGAAUGAUGACAGCGGAAUCCUUUCAGCAAUACAAGAUGUGAUGAAAGAGAAACUGAAAAAUAGAGGUGUUCGGACCAUGACUGGUUUGGGAAAAUACUUUCGACAACUUGACAAGAAAGAUUGUGGAUUUUUAAGUAAAACAGAAAUCAAGCAGGCUCUCAAAACCUUUCACUUAGACGUGUCUGAAAAUGUGUUUGAAUCAUUUUGGCAUAUGUUUGAUGAAGCAAAUGAGGAAAAAAUGGAUUACAUGCUAUUUAUUCGAACAGUGGUUGGAGAGAUGAAUGAAUACAGAAAAUCGUUUGUUAGAAAAGCUUUUAUGAAACUAGAUCCCAAUAAGUCUGGCAUUGUGUCUAUGGUAGAACUGAGAAAAUUCUACUGUUCUAAGAAACACCCACAAGUAUUGGCAGGCAUUUCAUCGGAGGACGAUAUAAAAUCCGCUUUUUUGGAAACCAUGAUAGAAGCUUGCAGGGAUCUUAAUGACGUUAUGUACUGUGAAUUUGAAGACUACUAUGAAGGUUUAAGUCUUGGAAUUUUGAGUGAUGAAGAUUUUGUUAAUAUUUUAAGAAAUUCUUGGGGAAUAUAGAUGCAUUUUUAUACUUAAUCCAGAUUUGUCAAAUUUUUUGUAAUGUAAAACAAUGCAUUUUUUAUUACUUGCUGUGUUGAUGACUGCCAAAUAGUGGUUAUUGGGUUAGUAUUUCAGUUGUUUUUGUUUCUUUAUGUGUUUUGAUGGGUUAUACAGCAAACUUUAUUCUGUUGUCUUUUGUAUUUCAUUAUAUAUAGAUAUUUUAAUUAAGGUCUUUUUAAAUAUAAACAUGCAGAAUGUUUGAAUUGUAUUUAUACUCACGAUAGUAUUGAUAGCUAAAACAUUUGCAAUCAUGAAAGGUCUGCUAAAUGAAUAUUUUACAAGUUACCCAAAAGAUGUUUCCUGACAGAAACAGAGAGCUACCAACUAUUGUUAAUCUAAUAUUCCCCAACAUUGGCAAUGGUCAUUUUUGCUUUGUAAUACAUUUCAUAUGAUAUUGACAGAGAAACUGAAAUGUCAUGAAAGUAAUCUUGUUAUACUUUAAUUUCGCAAAUUAUAUAACCUUUAUAACGCUAACAUUUCUCAUUUGAAAAAAGUUUGU